UAAAUAAUUGACCAAUGGAUCCAACAGAAAUGCUCAAAUGUUCAAAUCACACUGAAAACAGACUAAAAUGGACCAAAGCGAUGAUGAAAUGGAAUUCAUUGAAGAACCAAAUGAAGAAACUAAAGAUUCUGGCAGUAUUAAAGAUGAGAGACAAAUUAAACCAGAAGAGCAAUUGCCUUCAUAUGUUCCUCCCAAAUAUGAGAAGACUCCGAGGAUGUGUCAGGAGUGAAGCUCUACAAACAAGAAUUUACCCCCUGAUAACGAAGAAGAGAAGAAGAACUAUGAUCUCUAUCUGCCCUACUUUUUCUGUCCUUGCAAAGAUGUGCUCGUAUGAACUCUAUGAGCAAUGGAGAACCACCAAGAUCAUUCUGUGAUCUCUCUGAAGAUGGUAAUAGGAUACUGUGACAGUUUGUUUAACGAGAGUAGAUCCUUUGUCACUGAUCCCAAUGUAUACAAGAUCAUACCUGAAGACCUUAUGACAAAAUAUUCGGAUCUAGAGAAUCAAUACGCAUAUGUUGAGCGUAAAUUUUUGAAUUUUCAUAACAUAAUGAUACUGAAGAGAUACAUCGAAAAUGUAACCAAAGAAGUGACAAAUCUUUGAACUCAGUACAUCCAAGAUUGCCCUCAGAACCUUACAGAAAAUAGUUAUAAAUCUGUAGCUAAAAUUGAAGACGAAAUGCAGCCAUGCAAGAAACUCACUGCUGAUGGAGAGGAGCUUAAUAUUGUUAUCUCAGAAAAGAAAGAAGUACUAGACUGAGAGUUCUCUGUGCUAGAAGUAGACCCAAGUCAAGAGAAAGAUAGAAUCAUAAUGGAAGAUCUUAGAGGAUACAAAUUAGUAAAAGUGAGUAAGCUAAUAAUGAUCUAUGACAAAAAUCACUUAGAAGACAUCCACAAAUUUUUCAACUCAAUCCACCACGUCUCAGAAUUCAUCCUAAAAUCCCGCAAUCCCAGCUCUCCAAUCCCUCUGGACCCCUCUACGCUCCCUAUAGUCACCAAAAUCUACUCCUGCACUUACGAACACUAUGAAAUCACAGGUAUCACCCUAUCCGAGGCCGACAUGACCUCUCUGGGGCACGCCUUCCACAAAAACCGCAACAACCUCACCAUAAACUUCACUCACUGCUCUCUCACCUCCACUCUCCUCGCCCACUACUUCUCCCCCCUCCUCACCACCCCUCGCAUCCUCUUCCUCCAAUACCUCUCCCUCCCCCACAACAACAUCUCCAACACCGGCGUCUCCAUCCUCGCCCUCACCCUCCCCUACCUCGAAUACCUCAACGUCCUCAACCUCGCCCACAACCAAAUCUCCGACUCAGGCGCAAAAUCCCUCUCCAAAACCUUCAAGUACCUUCCUCGUGCAGUACAAAUCCUUCUGAGUAAUAAUAAGGUGACUAAGAAAGGCCUGAAGGCCUUUCUUGAGCACUUUCAUUACUUGAGGAGUCUGGCGAGGUUCGACUUGAGUGGGAAUUUGUUGGGGGAGGAAGGGGUGUGAAUGGCGGUGAGGAGGCUGGCGGGGGUGAAGAAGGAGUUUGUGUUUGUGGUGAAGGAGAAUGGGGUGAGGGAGAUGGAGAGGGUGAGGGAGGUGAUAGAGGAGGAGGAGAUGAGGAGUGUGAGGGUGAGGGGGAGUUGUGUGGUGGUUGAGUAG